UUCUCAAACCAAAUAAAUGGCAGGCGCAAAGAAGGGCGGCAAAGGCUCCAAGAAGAGCUCUGGCUCGUCGACACCGGCGUCUGGCAGCGCGUCGACCAACAACCUGCUCGACGAGAACGGCCUCGACGAAGCCGCGCGCAUCAAGCAGCUUGAAGAGGAGGUCCGCAACAACCCUCGCACCGUGACGUGCGUGCUGGCCUCCCACGCCAUGAGCCGCGAUGUCCAGCUCGACACGUUCUCCCUCUCCAACUACGGCCACGAGCUCAUUGUCGACUCGCGCGUCGAGCUCAACUACGGCCGUCGCUACGGUCUCAUUGGCCAGAACGGCAGCGGCAAGUCCACGCUGAUGGCUGCGCUCGGUCGCCGCGAGGCUCCCAUUCCCGAGCACAUUGACAUUUUCUACCUUGACAAGGAAAUUGGCGCAACCGACCUCACUCCCCUCGAGGCCGUCAUCGAGGACACUGAGAAGGAGCGCGUGCGCCUUGAGGCCCGCGCCGAGCGUGUGCUCGAGGAAGAUGGCCCCGAAAGCACCCUUCUUCAAGACAUCUACGAUCGCCUCGAUCUCCUCGACGCCGACACCGCCAAGAAGCGCGCUGGUGAAAUUCUCUUUGGUCUUGGCUUUGACGCCGACAUGCAGGCCCGCCCGUGCAAGUCCUUCUCUGGUGGCUGGCGCAUGCGCAUCUCCCUGUCCAAGGCCCUGUUUGAGGAACCCGCGCUGCUGCUGCUCGACGAGCCCACCAACCACCUCGAUCUUGAGGCGUGCGUGUGGCUUGAGGAGUACCUCUCCAACUACCCCCGCUGCCUCGUCAUGGUUUCGCACUCGCAGGACUUUUUGAACGCGGUCUGCACGAACAUUAUCUCGCUCUCCCAAAAGAAGCUCUUGUACUACACUGGCAACUACGACCAGUAUGUCACCACCCGCGCCGCGCUCGAGGAGAACCAGACCAAGCGCUACAACUGGGAGCAAGAGCAAAUCGCUCACAUGAAGGACUACAUUGCCCGAUUCGGUCACGGCUCUGCCAAGCUCGCCCGUCAAGCCCAAAGCAAGGAGAAGGUUCUUGCCAAGAUGGUUGCCGGCGGUCUGACCGAGCAGGUCAAGGAAGAGCACGGCUUUAGCUUCCGCUUCAACAAUGUCGACAAGCUCACCUCGCCCGUCCUCCAAUUCCUCAACGUUAGCUUCACCUAUCCCGGCACCACCCGCGAGCUGUACUCCAAGCUGGACAUUGCCAUCGACCUCGACUCGCGCAUUGCCUUGGUCGGCAAGAACGGCGCAGGCAAGAGCACCCUGCUCAAGCUCAUGGUCGGCGAAAACACUCCGACGGACGGCAUGGUCCGCACGCACUCGCACUUGCGCAUGGCCCGCUACCACCAACACCUUGCCGACCAGCUCGACAUGACCCUGACUCCUCUCGAGUUCAUGAUGAAGGAAUUCCCCGAGGACGUUGAAAUCCAGACACAUCGCCAGGCACUCGGCAAGUUUGGCGUCCGUGGCGAGCAGCAGCUGAUGCAAAUCAAAAACCUGUCCGACGGUCUCCGAAGCCGCGUCGUCUUCUCGUGGCUCGCUCGGCAAAGCCCUUCGCUCCUCCUUCUCGAUGAGCCUACGAAUCACCUCGAUAUUGAGAGCAUUGACACGCUUGCCGACGCCAUCAAGAACUGGAAUGGCGGUCUUGUGCUUGUUUCGCACGAUUUCCGACUCAUCAACCAGGUGGCAAACGAGAUUUGGCUGUGCGAGAACAAGGGCAUCCAAAAAUGGACUGGCGACAUUCAACAGUACAAGCGUCAACUCAAGAAGGACAUGGAUGCCGAGAUUGCCAAGCGCAAGUAAACGCAGACCACUGCGGCAGUAGUGAUGAUGAUGUUUUUGUUGUUGCUUGAAGUCUCUCUGUUUUUGUUUGUUGUGCGUAUAACCUGCAUGGUACUUGUCAUUUUUUCAGUGUAAUAAUGCAAAAAUGAGAAACACACACA